AUGCGGGGAAAAGAAAAUAGGUUGAAACUGAUGCUGAGGCGCAGCCUGCUAAGAAAGUUAAGAAAAGAAAGAUUACCAGGCGGGAAAAACCAAGUUCUCCUGUUAUGCGGAGCAUCAUUCAUAGUUAAUGAGGACCUCCCGCCUUCACCCCCUCGUGCUCCGAUCAGUGAGCAGCGAAAAAGUACUAAAACCGCUGGUGAAGAUGAGGCGGAGAAAACUGCUGAGGCGGAAAAACCUGAAGUUGAAAAACCUGUUGAGGUUGUGGUGGAAACGCAAAAGGUUGUGAAUCCGGAGACUGCGAAAGUUGAGAGUACUCAUUCUAAGUCUCCGAAAGUUAUGGCGCGUGACCCAGAGAAAGGAAAAUUUGCUCAGGAAGAUCCUGUGACCAUUUUCCCUACUUCUGCUUCUGCUCCUGUGAAUGUUGAGAGGAGCCCAGCUGGUGAUCAGGGUGCUUCUUCUUAUGAUGAAGAAAAUGAUCCUCUCCGUCCAGAUGAAACUUUGGGGGAUCAUUACUAUACAACUUAUUCGGAGAAGAAGGAAUCUGAAAUUCAUACUACAGUUUGGAAUUUGAAGAAAGGUGAUACUUUCUCAAACUGGCAAGUUUGCCGUGACUGGUUGCAGGGCACCUUCCCUCUUGCAGAGAUUAAAUUCCAAGAAGAUCGUGCUCAAGAACAGGCUUACCAUGCUUAUCUUGAGGAAGUUGCUAGAAAAGCCGAGGCUGAAGCUACUCUUCUUUCUAAGGAGCGCAAAAAUUGGUGGGAAAUUUGUGAAACAGACAACAAUGAGAAGAUAGGUCUCCGCAAUAUUAUUAACAAUCUCAAGGUUGAAGUUGAGAGAUUGAAAAAACAAGAUGCGGAGAUUGAGAAACUGAAACAGGAAAAGGCGGAGGCUGAAGCAGCGCGUGAUGAAGCACGAUCUCAUUGGGAAAGAAGUGAACAAAGAAAGGUACGAACUUGCGCAACCCUUGCUCUUAAGGAAAAGGAGAUAGACGAACUUACCGCUUUAUUAUCUGAGCAGGAACAACUUAAGGUGGAGCUUGAGUCUUCCAAGAAAGAUCUGCAGUUCGAACGGGUUGAAAGAGCUGAGACUUCCCGCCGUCUUAGCGCAACUGAAGAAAAGUUGGAAGGUUCUGAGACUGCCCGGGUGACCGCGGAGAGUCAGAUUGAACCUUUGAAGAAUGACAUGUUGUGGUUGAAAGAGAGCGGGAUCAUAAGCAUAAGUGUUGCCAACUCUGUUCUUAAUGCUGAUGAACUGGAUGAAAUGGUUGCGUAUCUGCUGGUUGCUGCGCGGAAUGAUGGAUAUGCCCAAGGGUAUGCAGAGUGUUCCCAGCAUGUGGUUACUGCUUUGAAAGUUGACUGGGACACUAGUAGGUCUGCUACAUAUGGUGUUAACACCUAA